AUGUUUAUUCGCUUAGCUUGCCGGUUAGCCGAAAAGUUAGCAAUUAUUGCCUUAGCUACCGGUGAUUCCUUAGCCCAAGUGGCUUCCCAAACGGUCGAAAGUUUAACCGUGAUUUCCCAAGUUAGUUCCUUAAUUAUUUUUCGACCCUUAAUUAGUUUCAAUAAGCAAGAAAUAAUUCAACUAGCCCAAAAAAUUGAUACUUAUUCUCUGGCUUUGGCUAGUUAUCAAGAUUGUUGUAAUUUAUUUGAACCACGUCAUCCGGUAACUAAACCUCGGCUAGCAAUAACCGAAAAAGCAGAAGUGAAGGACAAAAAAAACAUAACUUAUUCUUACUUAACGACUAUUGCUUAUGAUGGUAGUGAUUUUGCUGGCUGA